GUGUGAUGUACACAAGUGAUCGGUAGCGUUAAGUACAGUGAUGGCGCAAGUGAUAAGAGCAAGAUUCUUUUAACAAAAGCUGUAAAGCUUGUUGAAUGAUGCUAAAAAUUUGGUCCUUGCGCGUAUUCCUUAUAUAAAUAAAUAUUUUUGCGCAACAAGUGCAGAUAUAUUACAACAAAAAAAGUUAAGAAGUGUUAAAGGAAUGCUUUUGGUAUACAAAAAUUAUAUUACUCAUACGCACUGCUAGGCAGGGAAUGUGAAAAUAUUAUACAUAUAAAGUAUUAUGAAUAAUAUGAAGCUGCUGUGAUACAAGUAUCCGAUUAUUUUAUAAUGAAUUUUAUGUAAAGUUUUUAUAAAGUUAUUUAAAGUUGUUAGUGUCGGUUGCUAAACCCUGGGGUACUGUACUGAUUUGUGCUAUACAAAAUACCGUAUACCGUGUACCGUGUAGAAACCGUGUAUAUUCUCAUUCAAAAGCACUGCCAAUACUGAGAACAAGUUUUAAAAACUUGUAUUUUGCGGUUUCUAAUUGUGUAAAGUACUUGUUCAGUUAACUUUUUAAAUAACUAAGUACAACAAAUCAACUGAAAUGUUCAGUCGCAGCAACUCACAUCCUGGCAACGGAUCAGCCGACGCUUACACACAGGUGCCUGCGAAUAUCGCGUCAGCCAAGUCCAUAAACGCUGGUGCAAGAACCGCCGAGCGUGAUGCUAAUCGCGGUCAAUGGGCCUCAAAAACAGAGUUUAUGUUAUCCUGUAUCGGCUAUGCGGUAGGCAUUGGCAAUGUGUGGCGUUUUCCAUAUCUCUGCUAUCGUAGCGGUGGCGGUGCAUUUUUGGUGCCUUACCUGUUGAUGUUAUUCCUUUGUGGCAUUCCAUUAUUUUUUAUGGAGAUUGUGAUGGGACAAUUUUCGAGCGUUGGCUGUAUUGGUGUCUUUCGCUUGGCACCGUUAUUUAAAGGCGCCGGCUUCGCUAUAGUAAUUGUCAACUUUAUUUGUACCUGCUAUUAUUCGGUGAUCAUCGCUUAUCCAAUUAUGUUUUUAAGUAAAUUGUUUUCCUUAAAAUUGCCUUGGAUUGAUUGCCAGAAUGUGUGGAACACAGAUCAUUGUGUGGAGGUUAUGGAUCUAGCGCAGCGCAACUUCACACAUCACACUGGGUUUCGCACGCCUGCCGAUGAGUUCUUUCAUUUCGAGAUCUUGAAAAUAUCUGGAAGCAUUGAGGAAUUAGGUGACUUGGUAUGGCCGCUGUUUUAUUGCUUGAUCUUUGUGUGGCUCUCGGUGUAUGUCUGCAUCAUACGCGGCAUAAAAACGGUCGGCAAAGUAGUUUACUUCACCGCAAGUUUUCCUUUCUUCAUACUCCUCAUAUUAUUUAUACGCGGCGUAACGCUACCUGGCGCCUGGAAAGGUAUUCUGUUCUACAUCAAACCGGAAUGGUCACGGUUGUUGGAUCUAAAAGUUUGGGCCGACGCUGCAAUUCAGAUAUUCUUCUCGUUGGGACCGGGUUGGGGUGGCAUUGUGAAUAUGGCUAGUUUUAAUAAUUUUCGCAACAAUGCCAGAGGCGAUGCGUUCGUUAUACCGGUUGUGAAUUGUGCGACUAGCAUAUUUGCGGGAUUCGUUGUUUUCUCCGUGUUGGGUUUCCUUUCACACCAAUCCGGCAUACCAGUUGCCACGGUGGCAACAUCUGGUCCCGGCCUGGCAUUUGUCACAUAUCCGCAGGCGAUCGCCAUGCUGCCAAUGCCACAUUUGUGGGCUGCGCUCUUCUUUUUAAUGCUCUUCCUGCUAGGUUUGGAUAGUGUGUUUGUUCAAAUCGAGGCGAUCAUAUCGUCGAUCAUCGAUGAAAUACCAAAGCUGCGACAGCAUAAGGCUCUUGUUACAUUGGGAUCGGUUAUAAUCAUGUUUUUAAUGUCCAUAAUUAUGGUAACAAGGGGGGGCAUGUUCAUACUACAACUGUUUGAUUGGUAUUCUGCAUCGAUUUCGGUAAUACUCAUAUGCAUCUCGGAAGUGGUUAUGGUCGCUUGGAUCUAUGGCGUGAACAAUUUCAUUGCCGACAUUUACUUUAUGAUCGGCAAGAGACCGGGAAUUGUUUGGAAAUUUUGUUGGACAUACAUCACGCCAAUUAUAUUGAUUGGCAUGUUCUUCACUAGCAUCAUAUUUAAUCGCGAUAUAACCUACAAUGGUAUUAUAUAUCCAAGUUGGGCCAUAGCACUCGGUUGGCUGAGUUGCGCUAUCUCCAUUGCAUGCAUUCCAGCAUAUAUGAUUUAUGCAUUAGUACGAAGCCAGGGCACACUCGUGAAGACUCUGCGCAGACAAUUACGCGCCGUUGAUUGGACGCCGGCGAACGAGGAGUAUCGCCUUGAGUACGAGGAAUAUCAGCGUUCACGUAAAUUAACCAGUGAACUGCAUAAGAGUAGAGUGGAAUCGAUGGCUAAAGCGCGAGUGUGUACCUAAUAUAUGAGAUAUAUGUAUGUAAAACGCGGUAACGAUUUUGUAGCAGAAUGUUUUUGAGUAUGAACAUAAGUGUACAUUAUUAUAUUUACAAAAACAAUAAAAAAUUACAAAUAAUUUGU